AUGGUUUCAACUCAAUAUCCCACUUCGCCAUCCAAACAACAACAUGACGUGGUCAUCGUCGGAGGUGCCACGAGCGGCGCGUCGAUUGCCUGGCACCUUGUCCAUAACCCUGACUUCAAAGGCUCAGUCUUGGUAGUUGAACGUGACACAUCCCUGGAGUACUCCGCCACGAAAGCUAGCAACAACUGCAUGCGCCAGCAAUUCGCAACCAAGAUCAACGUGGAAAUCGCUCAAUAUGCUGCUGACUUCGUCCGCGAGUAUGGUGACAAGUUUGGACCCGAUCCCUGCGUUCCCAACCCCCCUAUCCGUGACUUCGGCUACCUUUACUUGUCCGACUCGCCCGAGUUGACCGAGGAGAAGUAUCCCUGGUUCUAUAUUGAUGAUCUCCACUCGGGAAGCCUGAACACGAAAGAUGAGGGCUGCUUCAACGCUCUUGGCAUUGUUGAAUGGUUGCGAACGACUGCUUGUGAGAGGGGAGUUGAGUACGUGAGCAAUGAAGUGGUCAACAUGGCCGUUGAGCGAGCUCAAGUUGGCUCCAUCACCUUGCGCAGUGGUGAGAUGAUUGCGGUCAAGAAUGUGGUCAAUGCUGCGGGUACCCGUGCCACCCAGGUCGCUCAGCUAGCGGGAAUUCAAGUCUCAAUUGAGGCUCGUCGGCGGUACACAUACAUUUUCGAGGUAGACGAGCCAUUACCUAAGGAUCUGCCCUUGACCAUCGAUCCUACAGGUGUACACUUCCGCUCCUACGCUGCAAAAAAUUACCUCGUUGGUUGCCCACCCACCGGUCCCGACAACGCCGUGGAUGUGAGCGAUAUCAGCUUUGCCGAGGAUGCUUGGACCAACAAAAUCCUUCCCAUCAUUUCUCGUCGCGUCCCUCAGUUCAGAUCCGCUCGUGUCACUGAUAAGUGGGUGGGACAUUAUGAGUUCCACACUUUCGACCACAAUGCCAUUGUAGGCCCUCACAAAAACAUUGGCAACUUCUUCUUCUGUGCUGGUUUCUCAGGGCAUGGGAGCCAGCAAGCACCUGCUUGUGGGCGGGCAGUUGCUGAGCUGAUCGUCCACGGCCAAUUCAAAACCCUGGACCUCGGUGUUUUGUCUUAUGCUCGCAUUUCUGAAGGCCGGCCACUGACUGAGCGCGCGGUUAUCUAG